GACUUACGAUCGGUGAUCUGUUGUCUUGCCUAGUUGCAAGAGCCCCACUUUGAAUCAAGAUGCUGCGCAUCGCGCGAAUCGCGUGCAUCAGAAGCACACUUUGCGAUGGAGCAGGCAUUGCAACAUCCCUGCAGUGCAGAAGCAUUGUAUCAGGACAUGCAUGCCAGCAGGCAGAGCCCCUUCCGUUAGAUAAUGAAAAUCUGGAAGUUUCAAACCGCACUCACGAGCUGGGCGCCAUUCGCACAGAUUGGACGCGUGAGGAAGUCAACGAGGUGUAUAGCACACCACUGCUAGAGCUGGUUUACAAAGCAGCUUCGGUUCACCGUCUCUACAAUGACCCACAAAUGGUGCAACGGUGCACUUUGCUCAGCAUAAAGACAGGUGGCUGUCCAGAGACCUGCACCUAUUGCUCGCAGAGCAGCUCUUGGAGGAAGGAAACAGGCCUCAAAGCAGAGAAGCUAAUGGACCUGGAAGAGACUUACCAGGCUGCUCUGCGGGCGAGGGAAUCUGGCAGUACCCGAUUCUGCAUGGGUGCUGCAUGGCGGGGCCCCUCACAGGUGGGCAAGGGCCAAUGGGAGCGCGUCCUUGAGAUGGUGUCACGGAUCCGGGGCCUCGGCAUGGAGGUGUGCACCACGCUGGGCAUGCUGACGGCCGAGCAGGCGAAGCAGCUGCGAGAGGCCGGCCUCACUGCCUACAAUCACAACCUGGAUACCAGCCCCGAGUACUACAGCAAGAUCACCAGCUCCCGGAAAUACGAGGACCGGCUUGAGACUCUGGCGAAUGUGCGGGAUGCGGGCAUCUCAGUGUGUGCGGGGGGCAUCAUCGGCAUGGGGGAGGGCAACAUGGACCGCGUGGGCCUGCUUCACCAGCUGGCCACGCUGCCAGAGCACCCAGAAUCUGUACCCAUCAAUGCCCUCGUUGCCGUCAAGGGCACUCCCCUUCAGGCAUGCUCAUCUGACCAGCCACCACCCUCUGCAAUGGAGGUCGUCCGCUGCAUAGCUACUGCGCGGAUUGUAAUGCCCCGCAGCGUUGUGCGUCUCAGUGCUGGACGGCUCAACUUCUCACUCAGCGAUCAGGCAUUUUGCUUCAUGGCGGGUGCCAAUAGCAUCUUCGAUGGAGACAAGCUGCUCACCACGCCCAACAAUGAGCGCAACGAGGACCUGCAAAUGUUCGAGACGCUCGGCCUCCGCUCCCGGCCCGCCUUCCUGCCGUACUCAGCAGGGGCAGCAUCAAGCAAUGGUAGCUGUGGAGGAUCAAGCUGCGGAGACAGCAGCGCUCCCAAUGAGAGACUGGCCAUGCAGGCAUAAAUUCUUUGGUGACCAUUCUUCUGCCAGAUAGUAUUCUGCUGGCGGAGAAACUCAGAUGGAGUUACCUUAGCGCCUUCAAGGCAGCCUCAUAAGAAGAGCAUGAGUGACUGUUUGUUUGCAGAAUUGCGCCGCAAAGACAAGAGAGCAUUGCAGUACUGUUAAUAUCAACAAUCAGUUGGUUUAGCCUGAGAUAACUUGAGCUGGGUGUUUUGUUUGUGUGUACGGAUGUCUCAGCGGCGAAUUUAUAUCACCUGAGUAAGGUCUCUUGAGAACAAAAGGGGUUCAUUAUACAACCGGAUCUUCUCAAUCGCCCGGUGUCGUCCAGGGAUCCCAGUCACCAUGAUGAUGCUUCAAGUUGCGCAAUGCAUAUGCGUAAGAAGAUCAUUG